GCGUGAAGCCGGUGAAGUCGCACGAGAUCCUGGUGCUGCUGCUGCGUCUGCGCCAGGUCUGCUGCCACUGCGGCCUCAUCGCCGCCAUGCUGCGAGACGACGACCCCGCACACCCCACAGACCCCGCGCCCGACCCCGCGCCCGACCCCGCGCCCGACCCCGCGGAGCAGGAUCUGCUCGACGAACUCAACAAGCUCGUGCUCGAGGAUACCACCACUAAGAGAAAAAGCAAGGGCGGCGCGGCGGGGGGCGAGGACGCGGAGGAGGGCGAGGGUGAGGGCGAGGAGGGCAGCACCACGGCGGAGGCGCUGCGCUCGGUGCUGGCGGCCAACAACCCCGU